CCAAGAACCAGUUUAAUACGCACAGCAUAACUGGCUGGCAGGCUAACAACUUGAAUUGUGCAUUGGCAUUUCCAGCACAUGUUCAGUCGACUUUUCCGGUCACAAACCGCUGACCUUUAAAAAACAACUUGAUACUAGCCAACGUUCAGUCUGCUGCUUGGCUAGCUACUGUCUGGAAUGUCCCAGCAACUUCAUUUCGAGUCGUCCUUCUGGGGCCAAAAGUUUACAAGCUUAUCAGUCCCGGACUAUCAAGCUGGUCUUCGUGUUCUACAUGAAAAGCUCUCUCAAAGCAGGAUCGAAAACGAUGAGAUUAUCAGCUUUCUGCGAGAACGAGUCUCAGUGGAGGAAAGCUAUGCAGUUAAACUGGUCGACCAAGGACAACAGCGAAGUAAAGCCAAGGGAUUCCUACGAGACGAAGGAGCAACUCUCAGGAAAGGCUUUGAUAGUUUACGCGCCGCCAGUGAGCUGCUUGGUUCCCAGCACAUGGAGCUUGCACUCAAUAUUCACGAAGUUGUUCUGAAGCCACUGAUCAAAGUAAGCGACGAGUACAAGGCCGACGUAGCCAGUGCAAAACGGAACAUCGAUAUGAAAUUCAAGCAAUUCGACAAUGGAGUGAAGGAUGUUGAACGACUUAAAACCUAUUAUGUAAGAAAGUGUCGCGAAGCUGACCGUGCGGAAGAGCUUGCACUCAACUCAGCAAGCGAAGCAGCAAAAACCACCGUUCUAUCACCGAAGAAAGAAGAAGUGGAGAAUGAAAAAGAGGAAACCACUGAGAGCCAACAGGUUGACAAUCUGGAGAAAGCUGUCCAGCAGGAGGAACCAGCGUCCGGUGAAGUAAAUGCAACAGCCACAGCGGCUCAUAGUCCGACGUAUACCCUAGCUGGCCAGGUAUAUUCAGCAGAAGAGUUUGAAGCAUUGAUCAGCAAAAUGCGACAAGAGAUUCCCGUUACUGAGCAUAAGGUAGCCAUUUUUGGAACCUAUCAAAAUACAUCGACCGGCGAAAACAUCGCUCGUUGGCUACAACAGAACUUCCCCAAGUGUAAAGAUUCACCAGCAACGGCCGACCUCAUUGGACAGCAGCUCAUCACUUCUUAUCAUAUUUUGAAGCUGAUCGGUCAGCUUGGUGAAAAGUUUGUUCCAUCGUCGCAUCAUGUGUAUCAAUGGAAGACAACGGUUAGUGCUCCUGAUACCAGUCCAAAUGGUAUUGCAACAUCAGCUCUCGAAGGCGUGUCUGGCAUCCUUGGAAAGUUUGGAAGUUCUAUCGCCAGUACUGCUGUGCCUGUCCAAUCAACCCCGAUGGUUGCUGGAGAAGAGCCUCAUAAAGUGGCUCGUCGUGAAGCUGAGCUGGCGGACGAAGCGUAUCUCAAAGCCAUUCGAAAAUUGGACAAUAUUCGCCUUCAACUGGAGGAAAUGCUGUUUGCACACUUUUCAGAUAUGGAGCGGCUUGAGCUGAAUCGGAUCUCAACCAUUAAGCGAGCGUUCAUCGAAUUCGGAGCUAUUAUGUCCAACACACUCCCGACAGCAAAGGCUAUUUAUGACCAGAUGCUGUUGUAUCAGGAAACUCUCAAACCAGAGCAAGAUAUCCAGUACAUUAUCCAACAGUACUUCGUGUCCGGAUUUGCACCAAAAUCUGUACUCUAUGAUAAUUUCUAUCACGGUUAUUCGAUAGAUCAAUCUUUCGGCGUCUCAUUGGUGGAUAUCAGUAAAAACACUGAUGCUGGCAUACCACGUAUACUCCAAGUGUUCUUGUCAACAUUGGAAGAAAAAACCAAUGGUUUAUCGUUGCAAGAUGAGACAGUGGUGUGGACUACGCCUGUCGCAUUGGAUAGCGUUCAUGCUGUACGAAAUGAACUCAACUUGCCAAGUAGACAAUUUACAAAUGAUACAAUGAACGGUUAUGAUGGAGUGAUACUGGCAGGCACUUUUAGGUUGUACCUCAGAGAACUUCCAGAGUCUGUUAUCCCGAGUGAGUUGUAUGAAGGUAUCAAGGCGAUGUACAGUGGUGCUGAUGACAACGAAAGCACCGUUCGCUUGCAAUCAAUUGCCAAACUGUUAGCCACCAUGCCCAUGGCUCAUUACAAUACAUUGAAGUCAUUGAUAGGCUACUUUCACAAGAAAAUACAAGCCGCCGGUAAGGAAACUAAUGACGAUGAGCAGAAUGAAGCCGUCGUUAGACUUGCGCAUUCGUUUGGUUCCCUUCUGUUAUGGCCCCGCCAUGCGACAUAUACUACCACCAAUGAUCGACACGCUGUACAACUCGUUAAGGAUCUCCUCACACACUAUGACACCAUAUUUACAUCUGAAACCAACGAGACCAAUGCCGAACAUGAAAAGCGUCGACUGGAAGCACCGGUUGCAUUACAUGAUGGCGCAGGAAUAGAUGUAGAGAUGGUAUCUGAGCCUUUAAGUCCUGGAGGCAUCCGACGUGGAUUAAUGUCAUUCGUCAGAUCCGCCGCCCCCGACGAUAAUCCUAUACGUAAAGCCAGUGGUGUAUUUGGAGCAUUCAACAGAUCCGGGUACACUGAGUCAACCACAACUCGAACCCCUGGCAACAAAUUUACGACAUCUAUAGCUAUUUCAUCACCACCGCUUCCUGGCGACACUACACCGGAUGCCUUCAUAAUUACUGAUGAACAAUCAAUGACCAUUAAGUCGGAUCAAGAGGUUGAAGAACCCGAUGUUAUGUUUGACGCAUCUGAAGACCAUGGACAUGACAGUGAGGGUCAGAAUAGAGACAUAAACACCAAGCCGUCUACAGGCAAAGGCACGUCUGACACACAUCAAGUUGAAGGAGACGUCGGAGGAGCGGAUAAAGCUGAAAACAACGUCUACAGUAAUAAUCUCAUUGCCGAGAUGGAUGAACUAGCUCCAUCAGAUAAGGAAGGAAACGAUAUUGAUCCAUUCUUUGAAGAUGAUUAGGUAGAAUGAAACUAACUGAAGAUAUACUGAAUCAACUCGACUGUGUUUUAAAAAGGUUUCUCUUCUCUACCUUUGAG